GAGAGAGAGAGAGAGGGGGGGGGGCGGGGGGGGGUGGGCUGAUGUGCAUCCUGCGGUUGAUCGACACGGAGGACCGACAACACGACGCCGGGCUUCGGGGGACAUCGUCCAGCGGGAGGGCUUGAAACCGUAGACCAAGAAAGACCCUCUGGUCCCAGAGGAACCUUGACCUGGAGGGUAAGAUUGGCACAGCACCGGGGCUGAUGGGUAACAAGAACACCAUCCCACUGAAAGGUCCCGACACUGAGACAGCACAGAGAGAGGAAGUGCUCUGCGUCGGCACUGGCACAGGUGGCGUCUCCAGAGAUGGACCCAGCGCAGAGCUGCUGGCCUCCCUGGAGUCCCUCAGAGAAACCAGUGACUACACCAUGCUGCCACACUCCCUGCACCAGAUCGCAGAGGCCUACUCGCUCAAAGAGGACUACCACUGGGCCAUUCAGUUCCUGCAGCUGGAGAAGCUCUACCACCAACGUCUGCUCUCCAACCUUGCCGACAUGCAAGUGAACUGGGAGAGCCAGUGGAGAGAGAGGAAGAACGAUGGAGGUGUUUUGGCUGCUGAGACAGACGCCAUCAGUCAGAAACACAUUGAGACGCUGGACCAGAUCUGCAGGACACACUUCCGACCCUCAAUCAGUGUGGAGCAGAACACAGUGAAUCAAACACCGAAAGACAUCCAGAGCGAAGACGAGAGACUACAAACCUGUCAUGAUGAAGGUAACAAGACUGAAACAUUCCAGGAUGAAGAUAAAGAGCUAAGCGUGAACCCACAGGUUCCACAGACAGCCCAAGAGGAGGGAGGUGAGGAGGACGCAGAAGAAGAAGAGAGGCGGGAGGACGGACAGGAAGUCGAAGAGGAGGAGAAGCCGUGUGAGGAGACGCCAGAGGAUGAGGUGAAGGUGGAGUGGCCCUCAGGAGUUCCCCAGGCUUCAGUCAAGGAACUGGCCAGGCUGUCCCACGCAGAGGGGCUGGUUGUCUUUUCUGGGAUACUCCCAGGAAUGAUCUCUGCGCUCCCUCUGAGCUCCUACCCUGACGGUCUGGUCUCCAUUCUAAAGAGGAGGAGAGCUUCGCUGGAUGGAUUGCCUCCUCCGAGCGACAUUGCCACUAAACAGAACCUGAAACGCAAAGUUCGCUUCAGUGAGCCAGAGGAAGGCCUUGAGCAAGAUGAGAUGGGGGGGGAUUCCUGCCUGAUCUUGCUGCUGCUGUGUCUGGUUACCGUGGUGAUCAGCAUAGGCGGGACGGCCCUCUACUGCACGCUGGUGGACACUUACUCCAACAUCUGCACCGACUUCACCAACAACGCAGACUUCUACGUCAUGACCGUGCGGAGGUUCUUUGAAGGCCUCGUCCACUGGCUGCCCCUCCACACUUAAGACCCCCCCCCAUCUGCAUUCCAGACUGGGAUGUUCCAGAACACUGUGCUACAGUGGACAGCGUCAAUCGACAUCAGCGGGCAUGGGACGGACACGCGUAGAGCUGACGCUGAGGCUCUGAUUGGCUGUGCAGCGACCUGAGCCUUGAUCCCAUGGCUCACUAAGAUACGUCUAAUCAUCCGUCUCUGAUUUACCUGGAACAUACCGUUGCCCAAAGACGCACCACAAAGUCCAAACUGAUGCAAACGAGCAUGUUGUGGGACUGCAGUUUGAAACUUCCUGUUCCCUGUUGUUUGUGGGGAGACGUACACCAGACACACAAGUGCUUCUCUGAUGCCUGUAGCAGUCACAGCUUUGUCUUUGGUUCCUCGACCCUUCUUCUCCUGUUUUUGGAUUCAUUAGGAUUAAACAUGUGUGUGAUUGUUUUUUGUGCAACGAUUAAUAGGCAUAAAGAUUAUUUUUCUUUUAUUCCGGUUAAAGCUGUCUUUUCCUCGGUAAACCUUUAUCAGACACAUUACACGGCUUAAUAACGAGAUUUCUUUUAUUUUGGAAAACUCAGAUUCCAAAGAAGCCUUUUAAUGAUUCCUUCACUAAACGUGCGUAUUUACCUCAACACAAGUGGUUACUCGUAACAUUCCUCUUGCCAUCUAUGCAUCUAUAUACAGUAUAUGAUCAAAUCAAAGAGAAACUUUACUAUUUGAACAAAGUACCCCAUUUAGCACAAUACCCCAAACAGAGUGCCUGAAUGAUGUGCUGUGUGUACGUUCAGGGAGAGUGGCUCUUGGUACGGAAACAUCAGGGCGAUCCACUUCUAACACAAUACAUUGCAUAAUGAUGACGGGGAUGCAAUGCAGUCAUUUAACUCUAAAGACUCAGUUACACUCCUUGUGUGUUCAUGUUGCAGGAGGAGACUAGAUCAUUACUAGAUGAUUACACUAGAUGAUUACAUCUAGUCUCCUCCUGUGGUGGGCCAACGGCUACGUCACGACAGCAGAAACAACGCAGAAAGAGACAACAUUUCAACGUCAAAAAGAAAAAACGAAAAUGAAAAAUGAAGAUGAAGUGAAUCAUUUCAUAUCUCUCUCAGGUGUUCAUGUUUUAAAUGCACUUUGUUUUAAACUGAGCCUUCUGUUAUCUGCACUGGGACUGUGAGAUCAUCCAGUGGACGUGAUGCUGUUGUAUUGACUGCUGUUCUAAGGCAGAGCUUUGUGAACCAACACUUGUGUUUCCUGUCUGGCACAAGCAGCACAACAGAAAACCCCUGAUGAAGAACUGCAUCCAAUUGAAUCAGCAUGAUCCCUUUUCAUCUUGUUUUUACUGAUUACGACACUUUAAUACCACCACUUCUGAACUCCCAAUAUUUUGAAAAGUAAUGCAUGUUACUCCUGUUUUGUGUCUGUGGAUAUUCCAUCUUGAGGCUAUUUGCUUCUAUUUAUGUUCAGUUGUGUCCAAAAGGGUGAAUACAAAAAACAUCUGCAGGAACAUCUGCCAUUGUGUUUUCUGUUUGCUGCUUGGUGGGACAAUAAAAUUUGUCCCUUUAAUCUUCAAGAUAUUUUGCUUCUUCUACAAUAACACGCAAGCUCCCAUCAGUUUUGUACCCACGUCUUUUUCAACUGGCCACAAUAAUGUAGUACAUCAGUGUGGCCACACGGUGUCAGUGCGCACCACGGAAUGAGCCACCAACGGCUCCUGAGGGGCACCGCGACAGCCCCACACCGCGCAGCGUGGGUGGAGACCUCCGGAAGGAAUGUGUGG